AGCCACUUCAGUACAGAAAGUGCACAGGUGUGAUAUAUGUGCCUACACAAGUACAACAUAUGUUGGUGUGCGGAACCAUAGAAGAAUCCACAGUUCAGAGAAGCCAUACAGGUGCAGUAGUUGUGACUUUGCUACUACAAACAUGAACAGUCUGAAGUGUCACAUGAGGCGGCACCCACAGGAUCACAAGGCAAAGCAACUCUCAGAACAGUACAAGUGUUCCCUUUGUGGUUAUGUGUGUAGUCAUCCACCAUCUCUCAAGUCACAUAUGUGGAAACAUGCAAGUGACCAAAACUACAACUACGAGCAAAUGAAUAAGGCCAUAAAUGAAGCAAUUUCACAAAGUACCAGGUUUCAGGGAGAUCCUCAAAUAAGAACAUUUGUUGAAGCUAUCAGUGAAACUGCAUGCACUGUUGGAAUUUCAGACAAAACUGUACCCUGUGCAGAAGUGACAAACCAGACUGUAAAUGGAAUUGCUGAGCCAAACAGAAAUUUGAAUUCAAACACAACAAGGAAUUCUUCUGUCAGCUUGGAGACAAAUUUAGGUCCGCCUCAGGUGACUGGAAUGGAAUAUGUUCUACUCUUCUGUUGCUGUAUUUGUGGUUUUGAAUCCACCAGUAAAGGACACCUCAUAGAUCACAUGAAAGAGCAUGAAGGUGAAAUUAUUAACAUUAUUCGUAACAAGGACCAAAAUUCACCAAGUUUUCAGAGUAACACAAGCUCAAGCAAUACAUAAACCAAUGAAUGAAGUCUUUGUGGGCUUAUUGCCACCGGACAGGUUAAACACCUGCAGGAUGCAAGUGGCUAAAAACCAGAGGAAACCAUAGUACAUCCCAUUAAUAAAAGUGCUGGUUAUUUUUGCCAUUGAGGUGAAAGUGGUAGUUCUGCUGAGAUGGUUAACUGCUGCAGAACUCCUCUGUCCAUUGCCAAGGCUAACAUCAGAAAGCUGUCGAACCACUGUGUGAUUUGAGCUGUCACUUAAAUUGUUUAAAGUGAACAGUAUGUUCAUUUGUUUCAGAGAAGUAACUAUCGGCAGAAUAUUUUAAGUAUCAAAGUUUUGCAAGAGUUCCGGUGAGGUGAACAGAGUUGAUCAUGAGAUAAAAUGCUGCUUACUUUAACCUCAGGUUUUGGCUUUACAUUUUAUUUUGAACGUAGUUUACACAAGUAAACAGGUCUUGGCAGAUAAACAUAAUCAAGAGUCCUAUAAGUUAUCACAUUACCAUAUCUCUGUCAUCUUGCAGUGUGUUACUAUUAAUUUAAUAUAAACAGCUCAUUAAUUUGAGUGUACGCAGAAGCUGUUAUAUUUGUCCCAUGUUUAAAAUGUAUCUGAAUUCAACUCAUGACUGUUUCCAGUAAGUUAGCUUUCACUGUAGUAACUGAAUAUUUAUUGAAGUAUAUUUUAUAGGCAUAAUAUGUUCAGUUGAAUGUAGUUGUGUGUAAUUAAUAGGUAUAUUGGUUUGAUUCCUUUUUAUCAUCCAGCAGACUUGCAAAGCUUAUAAUGCCCUAAAAGGGCACAUUAAUUUUCUCAAUUAUAAACUUAAUUUUCUCAAUUAUAAACUUUAUAGUUGAACUGAGUUUCCUUGCCCAAGGUCUAUGUCACACCUUUCUAUUAGAUCUUUUAAGACUUGAGUAUCCAAUCAGAUUUAGUGGCAGCUUUGUGAUUAGACUGACUUUUUCUGAGCUACCUUAUAGAGAGGAUUAGCUGAGCUGUCUUCCCAGCUGAUAAAAAGCAGUCAUAAUGCAAGUGCAAUUUAGAGAGAAACCUUAAAACAUUCUUUUGUCUUUGAUGGUCUUGCAUGUUAAUACCAGUAACAACAUAUUCUGUUAUUGCAUACUGAUCUGUGUUAUCACUAACCCAUCAACCAUAAACUUUUCAAAGUCUCACAUAGUCAUUUGCAAAAAUGUGUAUAUUUUUCAUCAUCUCCUCUUCAGUGUUCCCAGAUUACCUCUCUUUUUCCCCUGAGCUGUGUAUGCAUUUCAGUCAAAUAGGCUUUCAGUGAAACCUUUAUACUGACAGUACCCUUUACCUUUUGUUAACCAGGCAAGAUGCAAAUUACUUUCUUUGCUAUCUUAAGCAGUGAGUGCUGAAGGACAGAAACGACAACAUCAGAAUCACAGUAAUUGGGCAGUUUCCACCAAAUAAAGAUAUUGUGACCUACA